GCAAAUUUACGACGAUGCUCCAAAAUCCAUGCAGCCGUCCAAUCAAGUAAAGAAUCGCCACUGCCGCGAAGAGUUAGUAGAGAAUCCCAACUAAAACCCCACUCCUCUACAUUGCCCCUCCACCAACACAACCCUAAACAGCAAAUCACCAUCCGCCAUGUCAACAAGCCAUUUAAAACCACCAUCUAUGAUCCUAGGACUCACCGUGCUCAUCCCCGCACACAAAUAAACCCGCUCGCUCCUUUUUAAUUUUUUAAGCUUUCAAUUUGAAAAACAAAAGUUCCCUUCAAAUUUCCUUUCCAUCUGCAUCUCCGAUCACGCUCUUUCACAAUUCAAAACGCAAAAUCAAGGAUUCUUUCCAAGAUUUCCGUUGUCUAAUGGAAAAUCAAGAUUCGAGCAACAACAAUCGGCGAACUCUGCGCAGAAACAGCAACAGUCACAUAUCAAUGUCCGACACCGAGUCAACAGCGAGUCAGGUCGAUUCCUGGCACUCGCCUCUCCGAUUCGACUCGCCCCUCCGCUCCGACGACCCGAUUUUCCUCCCGGAAAACGACAAUUGCGGCAACAAGAGCAGCAAAUCGCUCGUCCCCACCGAGAGGUUCCACUCUCAGGUGCCGUCUCCCGGAAAAUCCAACUUCAAGGCGACCUCUCCGGCCGCCGCCGUCGCCAAGGGGUGGCGGCCCUGGCCGCAUUCGGUGAAAUCCCCCUCGGGAAACGGCGAUGCCCCCGCGAGUCCUCCGGCGGGGAAGGGCGGCCGGCGGGAGAAUUCGUCGGCGGAGAGGGGGAAUUCGCCGGUGAUUUUGGGGCUGAAUAGGUUGGUGAAGGAGGAGGCGCCUCGCGGGGUGAAGAAGGUGGGCGGCGGUGGCGCUGCGGUGGAAGAAGGGUAUGGCGAUGAGGUGGGUGGAGAUAGGCGGUCGAGGGCUGCGGUGGAGAAUAUACUGCGGCGGUCGGAGAGGGGCACGGAGGUGACGAAGGGGGCGUUGGUGGUGAGAGUGUUUGAGGUGAUCGCGUGUUUGAUUUCCUUCAGUAUUAUGGCUGCUGAUAAAACCAAAGGAUGGAGCGGCGAUUCCUUUGAUCGAUAUAGGGAAUAUCGAUAUUGUCUGGUUGUAAAUAUCAUCGGGUUUGUGUAUUCUGGUUUUCAAGCAUACGAUCUGGCAUACCAUUUGGGCACAGAGAAGCAUGUCAUCUCUCACCAUCUUCGUUACCACUUCGAUUUCUCAAUGGAUCAGAUUUUGGCUUAUCUUGUUAUGUCAGCAUCCUCAUCGGCUGCUACAAGGGUUACAGAUUGGAUUACAAACUGGGGGAAAGACGACUUCACGUUGAUGGCCAGCGCCUCAAUCGCCAUGUCAUUUUUGGCUUUCAUCGCCUUCGCCACAAGCUCUCUGAUAUCUGGUUACAAUCUCUGCAACAGGGAUUCAACUUGAUCACUCCAUUACCAUCACUUUUUCUUUUCUUUUCCUCGUAUUCUCAACGAGACGAGAGUGCUGUGUACAUAGGCAGUGAUAAGUAGUAUGUGUAGGAAUUACUUUUUUCUUCUUGGUAGUGUUGCUGCUAUAACAUUGUUUUUUAUGUAAUAAAAUAGAUGAUUCUGGAUUGGCCUCA